GAUAUCUACACUCGACAUUCGUUGCACACCAUGCCAAUACCUUCUCCGAACCCCACCGACGUCCUAUCCACCAAGAGGCAACCGACUCUCCUCCUCUGCGUCCAUCGUAUCAUCCGCAUGUUCUCACUUGCUCUUACAUUUCGUCUAUUUAGUCCUCUAUCCACGGUAGCCUGAUUCCUCGACUACCUACUUCUCUGCCUGGGCAUCUCGACCACGUCUUUGACGGCCCGCAUCUCUUGUUCGUUGGCUCUUUAACCAGCCUGCUCCUGUUUGAUUGGCUUGCCUCUCCUGAAAUCACCACCCAACUCUUUGUUGGCGUUGCCGACACAUUGCUGAUUCCACGCUUCCCCCUUGCGACUUGUCCUGGUAAUUUGUAUCAAAUCUGAUGCUUGGCCCGGGGUGACAUGGCGUUGAGUUCCUCGAGAUCCGCCGCGUAUUCAGUCAAGUCCAACCAAGAAAAAGACGAGUGCUGCUGAUACCUGGCAAGCCUCGCCCCAGUUCCACCAAAAACCAACAGGGCACCGCCUCCUCGCCUCGCCUCGCCUCCCUUAGGCUGGCCUGUUGUCGCAUGAGAAAGCCUCCUCAAUAUGCUCCUACUCCGUCAGUAUGAUUCAACACCAUCUUGGCCUGAAUCUAUAGACAAGAAUAAACCCUUGUCGCCACCAUCUGACCUUGUCUCGGCAAUCAGGUCAACUCUCGGUAAUCUUCAUCUCCGAUCCGGCAACCUUUCCUCAUGGCUGAUCGGCCUCAAGUUAACGGGACCAUUGAAGACCAUAACGCUGCUCCCCAUCUGCCCAGCGAGUCUGAAAUGUCGGAAAGUCCCCUCAGCGCACGACCCUCAACCGUAUCCUCGCAUGACUCAGUUGCAGCCCUCUUCCCUAAUGGUUCAGAGACCGACUGCGUCGAUUCUACGUCCGAGUCUCUGGAUUCACCAGGUCACCCUUUUGCAGACGGCGACUCCGUCAAUCUCGAGCACGUAAUUCAAUUGUCAAGCAUCGAACAAUGCAUGCCCCGAGCGUACAUCAGGAUAUGCCUAUCAUAUCGCAUGCCUGAUACAACACCAUACUCGGACGUUGUGCAGCGGCUAAACAACUUUAUCAGGAAGACCGUCGAUGCAAAGCCUUAUUUGGCCGGUCAUGUGGUGGCGGCUGGGAACUCGGAUUCGCGGGUCGGCGCAGUCGAAAUACGUUUCUCUGAGCAGGAUUACCUAGACUACACCGGCGUCAGUGUCCGCCAUCUGACGUGGGAUGAAGUCCCAUACACUUAUGAUCAACUUGACAGCAUGCACUUACCACCUAGUGUCAUCAAACCUGAUCUCGUCUCAGCAUUGACAGAAUCUGCCGACGAUGACCGCGCCCCCGUCUUUCGAGUCCAAGCAAACUUUGUGCAAGGUGGAGUCAUAGUCAGUUUUUACCUCCAUCAUUGCAUAUCUGAUGGCACCGGCAUCAGCCUGUUGCUCUCUGGAAGUGUGCUCAAGGAUGAUUUCAGGUUCGUGCGAUAUCUUGACACCAACGGACAGGACAGUCCUUCGCUGUCAAUGCGUCUCGCAACGUUUGCCAACUACAAGAGUGUGGUAAGAAAGGAACUGUCUUGGAGCAACCAUAAUCAGAUAAGCAGCCGACAGCUCAGGUGUCGAAUCUUGAAUUCAGGUGCUCCUGAAGUCAAACCGCCGGUGAAGGGGCGUGGUUGUGUCGUGGCGUUUUCUCUCCGCGAACUCGACAGACUCAAGACCAUGCUCGAAGACCACGAACACUCGACCUUUAUGACUUCCAAUGACGUUCUGCAGGCGUUGUUGUGGCAUAGCAUGAUGAAAGCGAGGAUACCAUCCCUUGCUAGUUCGACAACAGUGACAACUUCUAAAUUGUUGAUACCCACCAACAUUCGUAACAGACUCAGAAAUCGUCUGCCAGACCAUUAUUUCGGCGCCGCCAUAGACUUUGCCAGUGCGCAGAUGCCACUCGACGAAAUUUCACGAGAUGAUAUCAGCACAUUGGUCAAGGCCGCCAAAGAGAUACGGCGUGCCAUCAACAACGUGGAUGAGCCGUACAUCCGCCAAGCAAUCACUGUGUCCAUGUUCGCCGAUGUAAACUGCGAUGUGAGAGAUUUGCAAGCCAGCAACAUGGACCGGUCAAAUGGAGCCGAUAUGUAUAUCACAAGUUGGGAGAAGCUGGAAGGAUAUGAAUCUACCUUGGGCCUGGAGCUCGGUCAGCCCGACUGGGUGCGCAAACCGUGGUCUCGGGAUCCAGGAUCUUGCAUUGUUCUUCCUUUCGACGCGAGAAAGGAUUAUCUGGAGGUGGUUAUUCAAAUGACUGAAGCGGACAUGGAGAGGCUUCUGGAGGACCAGAACUUUAGAAGUUAUGUUGUGAAGGUGAUAGACUGAACUUUUUACACGCAAUUGGUCAUCAACGGGCAACCGAGGGUUUGAAAGUCGAAUAUUUUUUGGUCCAUGGGCCGGCUCGCAAUGACGGAAUGUAAAAGGGAGGGCCACCAAAACAUAUCAUGCAGCGAUGAAUGAAGUGGCUGGCCAUGGCGUCAAUUCAUCCAAAGGUUUACUACUGAUCAGUGAUCGUAGUAUGAGCAACUGAGGUGGGACUGAGAGAAUAUCGGGCUGGGCUUGGACUGUGUACCACUAUUUCGAUUGGAUCUGCGUGUGAUUAGCCUCUGAAAAGAAGGAUUAGCCAGGAUGGAAUGCUCUUAUAGCAC